AAGUUCCGAAGGAAGUGUGGUGGGACGGUUGCGCUUGACUGAGAUUAUUCUAAGGGUUUUUUAUUGUAAAUAUUGGCGCGAAAUUCUUUUUUUUUUCUUAUUUCUUUUUCUUCCUAUUUCAUUAUCAUUUGGAUAUGUGAAUUUUCAGAAGAGUUUUUCCGAAGUGCCGACCAUUUUGUAAAAUAAAAUGGAAAAUAAUAUUUUCAUCCUCACUUUUCUUUUAUUAAAAUUUUUCAUCGCGUUUGUGAGUGCCCAAUUUGGGUCCUAUGAACCAUAUGUUCCUUAUUAUCGGUAUGGAGAAAACGAUUUAAGAGGGGACUAUUGUCGAACGAGACGACCGGAAAAUUGCUGUCCGGGAAGAGACGACACUUGUACAGUACCUAUCCUUGGUACUGUUUGUUAUUGCGAUUUGUUCUGCAAUCGAACGAACAGUGAUGACUGCUGUCCUGAUUUUAAAAGUGCGUGCCUUGGUGAAGCAGUGACUCCACCGGAACAAAUUAUAUUACCAAAAUGCCUGUAUCAAGGGAAAUACUAUAACGCAGGUGAAGCGAUUCGAAUAAAUUGCAAUAAAUGCAUUUGCCAACAAAAGACCGACUUCACGUUCGACUUCAAAUGUGAACAGAAUGUUUGUCUCGUGAGGCCUGAACUCAUCACGGCGAUUAAUGAUGGGCGUUUUGGGUGGCAAGCAGGAAACUAUUCCUUUUUGUGGGGAAAAACAUUGAAUGAUGGUAUAAAACAUCGUUUAGGAACAUUCAAACCUAUUAGAACGACAAUGGAAAUGACAGAAAUCCAUCAAAUAACAAAUGGUCCAUUGCCACAAACGUUUGAUUCUCGACAAAAAUGGCGGAGUUUGAUUACACCCAUUAGAGAUCAAGGAGACUGCGCCUCUUCGUGGGCAUUUUCUACAACAGCUAUGUCGUCGGAUCGACUUGCCAUUGAAUCCCUCGGAAUGGAAAAGUUGGAACUAUCGCCGCAACAUCUGCUAUCGUGCCAGAGAAGAGGCCAGAGAGCCUGCCACGGAGGACAUCUAGAUAAAGCUUGGUACUUCUUGAGGAAGAAAGGAGUUACAACAGGAACUUGUUUCCCUUAUACUGGGAGAGAAGAUACGAAAUGUCCUUUCACUAACGGCCGCUCAGAUAAAGUCCGAUGCCCUACAGGUGGAGAGGGAAAAGUUUACUUUUCAACACCACCCUACAGAGUUGGUCCUAAAGAGGAAGAAAUAAUGAGAGAAAUUUAUUUUAAUGGACCUGUCCAAGCUACAUUCAGGGUACAACCCGAAUUUUUCUUAUAUAAAAAUGGAAUCUACCGCCAUGAGCCAUCACUCACAGCAUCUCUUUCAGAACCUUUUAGGCAGCAAGACUGGCAUUCUGUCAGGAUUUUGGGUUGGGGAGAAGAUAUUAUUGAUGGAAAGAACCUCAAAUAUUGGCUCUGUGCCAAUUCAUGGGGUGAAGAAUGGGGAGAAGGUGGAUAUUUUCGCAUCAUUAGAGGUCAAGAUGAAUGUGAUAUUGAAAUGUUCAUUGUUGGAGUAUGGGCUCAUACUGAUAUGACUAGCUUUUAAAAUAUCAUAAGCAUUUUCAUUGUUUAAAAUGUGUGUGAAACUGUUAGCAUUUUCUUAUAUGUUAUGUAAUGUCUCUGUUUUAAAAUGUAUGCAAAAUAAAUUAUUUUUCAUUGUGUGUU